CCACCUGUCACUUCCGCUAAUUAUGCUCGGCUACUGCAAAUAAAUUGUUAAUAUUUUCACGUAGAAUUAGUGUAGUGUUCAAUUAUACUUUAUCAAAAUGAAUACCGCUGCUAUUCCAAACCCCGUCAAAGAUGUUCAAGGCGAUGAUCGCUGGAUGAGUCAACACAAUAGAUUUUUGCUGGAAGCAAAGGAAAGAGAACCAGAGGUGAUCUUUAUUGGUGAUUCAAUACUCCAGCAGUUACCUCGGACACAGUUUUGGAAGAGAAUGUUUGAGCCUCUUCACUGUCUGAAUUUUGCUAUUGGUGGCGAUACAACUCAGAAUGUGUUAUGGCGAGUGCAAAAUGGAGAACUGGAUUUCGUAGAACCAAAAGUGAUUGUGUUGCUAGUAGGGACCAACAACCACGAAAACACCGCAGAGGAAGUUGUUGGAGGCAUACUGGAAUUAGUGAGCUGUAUACAACAGAAGCAACAGAGAACUCAUAUCAUUGUUAUGGGCAUACCACCUAGAGGGGAAAACCCCAACCCUCUCAGAGAGAAGAUUGCAAAAAUCAACUCAAGUUUGGCAAUGCAACUGGAGGAUCUAAAACACUGCACAUUCCUAGCAACCGACCCCACCCUGUUCAUUGGUCACGAUGGUAAGAUCAGCCACAUGGAUAUGCAUGAUUAUCUCCACCUGACAAAUAGGGGCUACCAGAAACUGUGCGAACCCCUGUUGGACUUGAUACAGGACUUACUGCAGGAGUUCAUUAAAGUGGAGAACACCUCCCAGGACUCAGACUCUCUGGCGGGAGAUCUGGCCGUGAAAGAUCCGUGAAGGGCGUGAUGGAAAGAAAGAAAGGUCAAUUAUCUGAAGGCUGUCACCAUACUAGUCAAACCUACCAUGGUUGACUUUAGCGUAGACAUGGAAUGGAAAUGUAUGCUUUGUGCUCGUGAUCUUUUUAUCACAUUAAUGGAGCCGCACGCAAUGAAUACCGUUAUUAAGUACAAUUUUGACUUACAUUAAUUUGAGUUUGCUAUUUUUGUUUUCAAAUUGCAUAACUGCAGACAUCAUUGGCUUUAUUUUAAAAGCAUGUACUUACAUUUUUAUCCAAGUGUUGAUAUUGUGUAGUUGCAAGCCAUAAUGUAUGACAGUGUGCUAUGGAGGGUUUCUCAAUUCUUGUAUCUGUGUUGUUAUUUAUAUGCUAUUGUAUAUUCAUAAGUGAAUAUAAAAGCGUUGUGUUCUACAAACAGACCUAUACUGCCAUUUUUAGUAGUUUUGUUCAAGAUAAUGUCAGUGUAUUUAACUUUUAACAAAUUUACAUAACAUAUGUUGUUACCUGUAUUAUUUUAUCCAUAUUUUUGCAGCUAUUUGGUAACCACCAUUCUGUUUUGGUGUUACCUGAACACAAUUUCCUCCCUGUUUGAAAUACUCCAUGAUGUGCUAUUGUUGCCAGUAUAUUUUGCUGAAUUUUACAAAAAAUGAUAUUAACAUAUUUAACAAGAUGCCAUACUAAAAAAUUGCUAAUAUAUUUAUGUCAGGGUUGGCACCAAUCGACCGCCCCCGGUUUUAACCAGCGGUUUUUACCGGUUAAAACCGCCCCGGUCAAUACUCCCGAAGUGGUCAAUACUGGUCGAUUGAACUUUACCCCCAAUUUUAAUUUAUAUUCCAUGCCUAAUUAAACAAUAUUGAUAAUAUAAAUUAAACAGACAUGUUGCCAAUAAUGUCUUAAGCUAUUAAUACCCACUAUGUUAUACCUGUUCAUGCAAUUUGUAGGCCAAUCUCUCAAAAUUUUGCAAAUAAGUCAAAGUUUGUCAAUUUGAUUUUUCUGUUUGAUUGAACUUUUUUUUAAUUCUACUGAAUUAUGAUGCUCAGAUAAUUCUGUGCUUGAUUCAACAAGAACCUGUCAAUUACUGUGUAUGAGUUGUUCCUCAUACCCCACUGUCCCCACAGUCUUCUAACAGUCUUCUCACCUAUACAGGUUGGGGCACCCAAAACUGAUAAUAGGGCCUUAAAUGGCACUUUUUUGACACAAUCCUUACUUGUCAUGUAUUCUUGCAUUGAUUUCUUUAAAUACUUUUUUAACAAAAAAGUGAAAAAACUUUAAUUUUUAUUGAUAUAAGAAUAAAAAACAUAAUAAGAAAUAAUUAUUAAAAGAAAAAAAUUAUUGAAAAGAAGAGUAGACCCACAAUUGGAAAACAUUAUUUGUUGGCAAAAUCAAGAACUUUGAUUGUUUAUUCAUUUGAAUACCAAUUGAACUUUUUAAUAUGAAAGGGGAAAAAACCCUCUUAAUACAGAAAGGAAACAAGUUAGAAGUAACUAUUAAAUUAAUAGCAAGUACAAUGUAAUCUUCUUGUGUGAGUGAUAUGAAAUAGACUUAGGGCAGAUUUGCUUAAUUGUCAAUAUCGGAGACAUAACACUGCAAGCAUUUUAUUACCAACUAAGAGGCAAGAUUUAUAACCCUAGAAUACACAAGAGUUCUGUUUGUCCAUCUGCUUAUCAAAUAGAUAUAUCAAUAGAUAAGUGAAAUGUUAUGGUACCUACAAUAGUAAUAAUACAGAUGUGAUACACUGAGAUAAAGAUAUUGCCUUAGUCCUUAUGUAUUUGAGGCUGUUUCCAUAAAUAAUAAAGAAGUAACUUUGUACAGCUUUAAAGAUUUUUUUACAAUAAAUAACUCAGAAUUUUGUUUAUUAAUUACAGAAUAAUUAUUGAUUUAAUAUAAAAUGGCUCCUUUGUAAUGUUUAAAUGCUACAAUUUUCAAUCCACCAUUAUUGACCAGUAAAGACCAGUAAUGACCAGUAUUGACCGGUUUUAACCGGGUAUUGACCGCUGGCCUGGUCAAUACUCAAUUGACUGGUCAAUAUGCCAACCCUGAUUUAUGUGUUUAUCGAAUCCAUUAUCUUUUACCACAUUGAUGGAGUAUCUACUGCUAUUGUUUUGCAAAUGUAUACGGUACCUUAAACAGUGUGACAAUGAAUAUUUACUUUGUGUCGGCUAUCAUGCUAGUUGAUUGUUACUUGCUUUGAUUAGCAAUGUUAUCCUCAACAUAAGUAUUGUCAGUGGUGUUACAAUAAUAAUAUAUUGUUUUCUUUGUUAAGUGUUGAGUCAAACAACAUAACUCAUAUUUUAAACUGUGAUAAAGUGUUUCUACUAUAUGAUAAUUAUGUGUACAUCAAUAAAUUAAAAGAAUAUUCCCUUGCCCAUGAUAUGCGUAGAUAUUUACUUUCACUUUAGGUUUAACAAGUAAAGUUUUCUUGUAUGGAAUGUGAUUAUAAAUCACAUGAAAAACUGUGAGAAAUCACAUGACAGUUAGUUUAUACUUCUAAUGUAAUGAGAGAUUAUUAUCAAGCAUCUUACCAUUACGUUACUACACACAUUUUAUUUUAAAAUUUUCUGGAAAAUAAUAAUAGAUUUUCAAAAAUGUGGAUGUAAGAGGCUGAAUGUUUGCAUUACUUGCAAAACACAUUUUGGCAUAAUAAAUCAUCUAACUUUAUGUCAGAAUUACUGUAUUAAUUAAUUAAUUAAUAUGUAUAAUUCAUGUUUACAUAUAUUAUCUAUUUAAACAUUCUGUUCAGACGUGUAGGGGCAUGUUUUAUGUUGUAUGUACAAGUGUAUUUGUAAACAUUCCCUCAUGUGUUGCUUGUUUUAUUAGAUCACCUAAGCAUGAAGUGCUCAAUGUGAGCUAUUGGGGUUACCCUAUGUCUGGUAUCUGUCAUCAUGGGUUAUGUUAUGUCAUCCUUUAGCUUUUUAUUGCACUAGAGGCAACACUUGUCAUCAAAUUUUGAAUUCUCUUGCUCUGACUGAUUAUUUUUAAAAUAGCUAGACCAAGUUCACAUCUAGGUAAAAAAAACUUGGUCACAAAUUCAAACUUGGGAAAAAAGUUUUAUUAUGCCCCCAGUAGGGUGGCAUAUAGCAAUUGAACUGUCCGUCAGUCAAUCAAUGUGUCAGUCCGUCCGUCCGUCCGAAAACUUUAAUGGCCAUAAUUUUUUCAAUAUUGAACAUAGGAACUUGAUAUUUGGCAUACAUGUGCAUCUCAUGGAGCUGCACAUUUUGAGUGGUGAAAGUUGAAGGUCAAGGUCAUCCUUCAAGGUCAAAUGUCAAACAUAUGGCGUCUGUCUGUCCGUCCGAAAACUUUAACAUUGGCCAUAACUUUUUCAAUAUUCAAGAUAGCAACUUGAUGUUUGGCAUGCAUAUGUAUCUCAUAUAGCUGAACAUUUUGAGUGGUGAAAGGUGAAGGUCAAGGUCAUCUUUCAAGGUCAAAUGUCAAAUAUAUGGCGUCUUUCUGUCCGUCUGUCCGAAAACUUUUAACAUUGGCCAUAACUUUUUCAAUAUAUAAGAUAGAAACCUGAUAUUUUGCAUGCGUCUGUAUCUCAUGGAGCUGAACAUUUUGAGUAGGGAAAGGUGAAGGUCAUCCUUCAAGGUCAAAUGUCAAAUAUACAGCGUCUGUCCGUCCGUCUGAAAACUUAAAAUUGGCCAUCACUUUUUCAAUAUUGAAGAUAGCAACUUGAUAUUUGGCAUGCAUGUGUUUCUUAUGGAGCUGCACAUUUUGAAACGUGAAAGGUCAAGGUCAUCAUGCAAGGUCAGAGGUCAAAUAUAUGACAUCUGUCCGUCCGUCCGAAAACUGUAACUUUCGCCAGAACUCUUUUAUGCCCCUGAAUGGUGGCAUAUAGUUUUUGAACUGUCCGUCUGUCUAUUCGUCAGUCAGUCUCUCCGACCGUCCGUCCGAAAACUUAAACAUUGCCCAUAACUUUUGCAAUAUUGAAGAUAGCAACUUGAUAUUUUACAUGCAUGUGUAUCAGGGGUCGGCCUAGGGUAAAAUUUUAGGGUGAAGUGACUUCUUUCUUGACUGGCAUUUAGGGAGAAGUCAGGAGAAAUAAGGAGAAGUCAUGUUUUUUUUGUUAUAUCUUGUAUAUCUUGUUAUUAGUUGCAUUAUUUUUUUACCCUUUUAAAUUGCUGAAUACAAGAUGUGCAUUAUAAAUCCUGCUGAUUCAAUUUUCUUAACGGUAUUUUUUAUUAAAUCUACAAUCAAGUAUAAAGAAAAUAACACAAUAAAAACCCUUUUACAGUAUUUGAUAAAUUAUAUUUACAUACACUACCAAUCUACCCCACAAUUAAAAAAAAUGUUUGGGGUGGGGGGUAUAUUUUGAUAUUAUUCAUUUAAUAUUUAUUUAAUAUUAAUUUUGUCUUCUAAAUAAAACAUUAUAAUUACCCUAUGCUCAAAUUCAAGUAGAAACAACAACAAAAACAUUUAAAUACACAAGUCUUUGACAAUCACAACAGUGUUUCCAAAUGAGGUAAAUUAAACCAAUCUCUAAAAAACUGCAAGCUGUCAAUGCUGUCGGUAGACUGUAGACAUCAAAGGUCUUUGAUGUUGGGGCCGAUUUCUAGGAGUUAAAACUGUAAACUUGAAACACCUCAGCAGGUGGCAAUUAUGGCCAAAAGGCAUUGAUCAAUACGGUACUAUGUUACCGGCAGCAUGCAGUACUGUCAGAUACAGCAUUAAUACAUUAGCUCCAUAGAGGAUGCAAUGUGUGAAAACUAUCGGAGAUUUGACUUCAUUUGUAUUUAUUUUUAUCGGGUGUGAGAAAAUAAAUUGUUUUUGCUGGAAUUUAAAUGUGAUGUUGCUUGACAGGAAUUGUUUGUUUAUGGAUUUACUUGAAAAAUAGGGCGAAAUGAAUUUUGCUUUUCUCUUUAAUAAAGGCGAUAUAAGCUGACGUUCAUCGAAAAAUUUCGCCCGAGUCGCCCUCUUGGCUGACCCAUGUGUAUCUCAUGGAGCUGCACAUUUUGAGUGGUGAAAGGUCAAGGUCAGGGUCACAUUUUUCAAUAUUGAAGAUAGCAACUUGAUAUUUUGCAUUCAUGCAAAUCUCAUUGAGCUGCACAUUUUCAGUGGUGAAAGGUCAUCCUUCAAGGUAAAAGGUCAAAUUUUGCAAUAUUGAAGAUACAUGUAGCAACUAGAUAUUUUGCAUGCAUGCGUAUCUCAUGGAGCUGCACAUUUUGAGUGGUAAAAGGUCAAGGUCAUCCUUAAAGGUCAAAGGUAAAAUUUUGCAAUAUUGAAGAUAUCAACUCGAUAUUUGGCAUGCAUGCAUAUCACAUGGAGCUGCACAUUUUGAGUGGUGAAAGGUCAAAAUCAAGGUCAUCCUUCAAGGUCAAGGUCAAAGGUCACAUUUUUUCAAUAUUUAAGGUAGCAACUUGAUAUUUGGCAUGCAUGCGUAUCUCAUGGAGCUGCACACAUUUUGAGUGGUGAAAGGUCAAGGUCAUCCUUCAAGGCCAAAGGUAAAAUAAAGGUCCAGGUCACUAUGACCUCUAAUAUAAAACAUUAACAUAGGCUCUAAAAUCAAAGUGCUUCCACCUUCAACUUUGAAAUUUCAUAUGUAGAUGCACCUUGACGAGUUCUACACGCCACACCCAUUUUUGGGUCACUAGGUCAAAGGUCAAGGUAACUGUGACCUCUAAUAUAAAACUUUAACAUAAACCUUUACAUUCGCUCUAAAAUCAAAAACCUUUACAUUCGCUCUAAAAUCAAAGUGCUUCCACCUACAUCUUUGAAACUUCAUAUGUACAUGCACCUUGAUGAGUUCUACACACCACACCCAUUUUUGGGUCACUAGGUCAAAGUCGCUGUGACCUCUAAUAUAAAACUUAAACAUAGCCUCUACAAUAAAAGUGCUUCCACCUACAACUUUUAAACUUCAUAUGUACAUUCACCUUCCUCAUUUCUACAUGCCACACCCAUUUUUAGCUUGGCUGUUUUCUAGGUCAAAGGUCAAGGUCACCGUGACCUCUUAAAAAAAAAAUUAAUCUGGAAAAUUUUCGCAGCCGAGCGUUGGCACCCGUUAUGCGGUGCUCUUGUUUAUCUAGGCAUAUUCUGAUUCUGGCUCAUGUGUCAAAAACAAGGUCACAAUGUCAAGUUGUAGAAAAAAAUGGUCACCACUAUAGAAGCUACAUCUAUGACUCAAUCUUGCUGAAACUUGGUCAGAAUGUUCAUCUUGACAAUAUCUAGGCUGAGUGUGAAUCUUGGCCAUGUGUGUCCAACAACCAGUUGUCCUGGUGAAGUAUCGACAAUUGGUGUACCUCACUCAAGUGAGCGCUUCAGGGCCAGCAUGGCCCUUUUGGUUUUUCUUACAAUAGUUGAUAUUUGUGUUUUAAGUAUGCACCAACAAAUUAUGAAGUAAAGCUCAAGUCUUUGACUGUUUUUAUCUUACUACAGGGUAUACAUUUUGGUAUACUUAAUACAGGUUUUGUACAGGGUAUACAUUUUGGUAUACUUAAUACAGGUUUUGUAACGGGGCAAUAUUGGUGUCUUUCGAAUUUGUAAGAUUUUUUUCAACGUAUAAUUAAUCUUAGUUAUCAGUGAACACUUAAAUACUUGUGAGAGUGUUGGAUAUUUUUAGUCCCCUACCUGUUUCACCGGAGGGGACUUCUGGUUUUGUCUCCGUCCGUCACACUUUUCUGGAUCCUGCGAUAACUUUAAAAGUUUUGAAUAUUUGUUCAUGAAACUUGGAACAUGGAUAGAUGGCAAUAUGGACAUUAUGCACAUCAUUUCAUUUUGUUCCUACGUCAAAAAUUGUGGUUGCCAUGGCAACAAAUAGACUAGAAAUAGUGCUGAAAAUGGUGUUUUUUUCUGGAUCCUGCGAUAACUUUUAAAGUUCUUAAUAUUUUUUCAUGAAACUUGCAACAUGGAUGGAUGGCAAUGUGGACAUUAUGCACGUCAUUUCAUUUUGUUCCUAUGUCAAAAAUUGUGGUUGCUAUGGCAACAAAUAGACUAGAAAUAGUGCGGAUAAUGGUGUUUUUUCUGGAUCCUGCGAUAACUUUAAAAGUUAUUAAUAUUUUUUCAUGAAACUUGCAACAUGGAUAGACGGCAAUAUGGACAUUAUGUCGUCAUUUCAUUUUGUUCCUACGUCAAAAAUUGUGGUUGCUAUGGCAACAAAUAUAGUAGAAAUAGUGCUGAAAAUGGUGUUUUUUUCUGGAUCCUGCGAUAACUUAAAAAGAUCUUAAUAUUUUUCAUGAAACUUGCAACAUGGAUAGAUGGUAAUAUUGACAUUAUGCACAUCAUUUCAUUUUGUUCCUACGUCAAAAAUUGUGGUUGCUAUGGCAACAAAUAGACUAGAAAUAGUGCUGAAAAUGGUGUGUUUUUUUUCUGGAUCCUGCGAUAACUUUUAAAGUUCCUUAUAUUUUUUCAUGAAACUUGGAACAUGGUUAGAUGGCAAUAUGGACAUUAUGCACGUCAUUUCAUUUUGUUCCUAUGUCAAAAAUUGUGGUUGCUAUGGAAACAAAAACAAAAAAUUCUGAAAAUUGUGAAAUUUCUGACAAUGGUGGAGCCGGUAGGGGACUUUUAUUGCUUGGAAAUAGUCUUGUUUAUGUCUAUUAUUGAACAAAAUGUUUCUUUAAAAAAUUGGACUUUCUUUUUAAGAAGUUUAUGUUGUAAUUGAUUUAUUUCCCGAUUUCUGUUUCUGUGGCUGAUAAAUACGUUUAGUUGAAAUCCAUUUUAUUCUUGUUUGUACAAACACACAGGUUUAAUUUUAUAAGGUUAUUUCCAUUAACAAAAGUGUAAACAUAUUGACUUUUAUCACGUGUAACAUAUUGCUGUAUAUCUGGUAAUUUUGUGUCAAUACUUUGCAUGAUAUUGUGUGCUUUGAUUAUUGCAUUAUGUUAAUAAAAAUGUAAAAGUG